AUGCCAGAACGCGAUGACAAGCUGAGUGCUGUGACACCCCAAUUCAAGCUGGAAUCUCCCGCAAAGCUGCCCAUACCGACCCCAAAGAUCGACAUGGCCGCUAAGCUAGAGCGCAAAUGGAACACCAAGAACCUGGGCCUCAGGCUUGGUGUUGAUGCUGUUGCCGCAGCGUCAGCAGCUGCUCUGAUUGCCCCGGUAGUCUCCAUUAUUGACAAAUCCGUCAUGGAGAAUGCCUCCGGCCGAGCAACCCUCCUCACCUCAGUCAAGGCCUCUUUGCGCACCCUCUUCCUCCGACCACACACGAUGCUUUUCUCGAAACCUUUGGCCCUCAUCUUCAUGACCUACGGUGGAACCUAUCUCACGGCGAACAGUCUCGACACGGCCACAUCAACAGUGAAGAACAAGCCGGCCACAACAGUCACAGCCGGCCCCGCGAAGUUCGUAUCGUCCUCAACGGCCAAUGUCUGUCUCGGCAUAUACAAAGACCAGGUGUACGCGCGCAUGUUCGGCCCCGCUGGCGUCGUCAGCCGCGUGCCCUUCUCCAGCUAUUCCCUCUUCGCGCUCCGCGACUGUAUAACAAUAUUCGCAUCCUUCAACGUCCCGCUGCUCAUGGGACCGGUGGUGACGGAAUUCUUGCCCAAGCAGGUCGAGAAGUUGGUGAGUGGGCACACGAUAGUGCAGUUUGUUGCACCAGCAGCGGUGCAGUUGAUGUCCACGCCGCCCCAUCUGCUCGGCUUGGAUAUGUAUAACCGACCAGGCCUGCUGGGAUGGAAGGACCGCUGGCUUCAGGUCCAGAAGAACUGGGCUAUUAGUGUGGCCGCCCGUAUAUGUAGGAUUGUUCCUGCUUACGGUGUUGGUGGCGUGGUUAAUGUCAAGGUUCGUCGUGGCCUUAUGGAGAAACUAGUAUAA